AUGACUGCCAAGUUCUUGAAGACAGUGGAGCUUGCCCCCGAAUGGCGGUAUUACGUCAAGGACGUGUUGGAGUACGCUGUGACGGCGGUAGGUGACGAAGAAAUGGCUAUUGCUAAGGUCCAGUGCAUGGAUUCUUACGAACAUUGCGUUAAUGUCGCUAACAGCGUCGACUUAUGGACGAGGUUGUACCAAUGCCGUUCCAAUGCCGUGACAACUCUAAUCGCUGAAGGCAAACUUUCCACCGAAAGUGUUAAGUUGUUGAUGGAAUUCAAGACUCGAGCUGAUGCUGCCAUCAAACCCGCGCCCUAA